UCAGAACUGUAGCUAAAAAGAAUCAGCAUGUCUCCCAAGAGAAAUGUUCUGCUCUUGGUAGCUCUUGUAGCUAUCUUUGGAUGUGCCAAAACUGCUUCCCCUCAUCACCCUCAUUCCAGGGUCCGCAGUAAUUCAUUCAAAAAUGACGCUCUGGAAAGAGAGUUCGAACUCAUCGAAUCGGGAGACGACGCAAUUGAAGAACCUGCACCUGAAAUCAAUAACGAGAAGGCCACUGGUUGUCAAGCUGCAUCUAAAAAGAACACAGACGAAUACAUAGAUAAGGUUCUAGAAGAAACCAGACCGAAAAUUCCAGAACCUGCGUUCCUACCAGAAAGAAUGGGCAGAUUCAAACUCUUCAACGGCACGCUUGAAAACCUUUCAAAUCUGAAACGAGUCGGACCUGCUUUGGUACGAUGCACAGAAUCUUCUGUCAGCUUCUUGGUCCCUGUUGGUCUGAACAACUUGACUGGACGUUACUUCUGGGAAAUGGAUACUACCGGUCUUCCCAUCUUCAGAGGGUUUAUCGACAUGUUCAUCGGAAAGGUAGAGGCCGAUGUUCUUUAUACAAGACAAAGAAUCCCAGAUGAAUCUGGCACCAAGAAGGCCAUUAUUGAAAAAUUUCAGAUCAACAAGUUGGAAGGAAUCAAAGUUGACUUCGAUGGUCUAGGUCCUAUAAAUAGGAUUGCUUCACGACUCACCAAUCUCGCUGCAAGAUUCUUCAACAGGGGUUUGUCACGUGCAUUGGAAGGACCGGUUAGGAAUGCAAUCAACAAGGAGUUGAAGAAUAUCAAGAAGUACGAAAAGUAUUAUUUUUGAUAUGAUUAGUUUGAUAUUGAUUAUGUCACAGAUGAUUGUUAUUAAAAUAUGAAAUCUUGUUUAAGAAUCAUUAAAAUAUUGUUGUUAAUUUUU